CUCCUAUCCCUAACUUUACACCACAGUCCUAUUUGCAACCUUACACAUCAUGGUUGAAGGACUGGUCCUCAAGGACCUGCUCCCUCACCCGGAGACAGAUCCUACCGUUCACGAGGGGAAAGCCACAACAAUUGUAGAUGCGCCUACCGAGAGCCAUAGCCUUGCGCUCGAAGCAGCAAACGGCAAUAACCCAGACCAUGGCACAGGUGGAGCCCAAGUAGCUCAUGGUCAAGAAGUGCUGGAUCUAGGAUGGAACGAACCCAAGGAGCAUGUGAACAGCCCACUUGUUGGAGGUCUCUCGAACGAGGAAGUGUGGUUGCUUGUUCGCCGUUUCAACAAGCAAAUGUACCAUGUGAAGGAGAUUCCAACCGCACCUCCUGGAGGCUUAGACAUGAAUAUUGCAGACGAAGAGGAGUUCUCCCCAGACAAGCUCCGUGCAAACCUUGAACGUUUGUACAUGACAAUAGGCAUCGGUAUGGUGGCUUUUGGCAAGCAUAUCGUCCGCCUGCGCUCAUGGCGCGAGUUCAAUCGUACCUCCUACUUCGCCUCUGCAUACUUCGUAGCCUGGCUUCUCGACCUAAUCAUGCCGCUGAUAUCGAUCACACUCGUCACUCUUGUCUUCUACCCACCGUCUCGCGAGAUCCUCUUCCCACCGGCACCGAUUGCGCUCGUCAGCUCUAAGGGAGGUGUUCAGAAGCCAAAGGCUGGCGUUUUGGGUAGCAAGGACAGUGCAACAGGGGCAGCAGAGAACCACAAAGGUGAGGCAGUGGAACAGGAAGCAAACAACUUUGUCAACGGCAUUGCUCAUGUUGCACUGGCUAGUGCUACGGGCAAGCACCCUCAAGGUGAAUCUGAGGACGGUGAUCAGCCUCAAGGAGACAGCGUCCCAGAUCCAUCUUCGAUCGCAAUUGGUGCCGCAGACGCACAGCAGGCAGCAUCUGGUGGCAAGGCAUCGGCAAAGCAUGACAAGACCAAGGUGCCCAUGGAGACUGCUAUGUGGACCAAGAUGCGCCCCAUCAUGCACGGUCUGGCAGAUGUCACCGACACCUGGGAGCGAUUUGGCAAUGCUCUCGAGCCAACAGCUCCAUUCCCCAAGAAGAAGUACCGGUUGCGCUUGACAGCGGUCGUGUCUCCUCUCGUCUUGAUUUCGCUAUUCGUCACUUCCUACAUGUUCAUGAAGGGGGUGACCUUCGGCAUUGGAUUCGGUUUCUUUGGCGAUCCAGUCAUUUCUCGUGGGCUCGAACUGCUGAACCGCAAAUUUCCCAACUGGCAGAAGCUACUUGAGCUUCGCAACACGUUACUCAAGGGCGUCCCUACUAACGCUCAGCUCACUGUCACUCUCCUCCGCAUUGGCGAAGCCAACAAAGCGCCUCUGCCGCCCCCACCUCGCAUCGACGAGCCCCCACCAGAAAAGCCAGUGGAUGUCAGCGACAAGGACCUGCGCGCCGCAGGUGCAGACUGGCCGCUCAAUGCGACUCAACAGGAGCUCGACGAAGCCAUGGCCCACGACCCGACCGUCAAACAUCAGACCGGCGGCGAGGACAUCGACAAUGCCAAAGACAGCAAGCACGGCAAGAAAGGAAGUAAAAUUCUCAACUUCUUCCGCGGCACCGUCAAGGGCGGUGUCGAGACCACAAUCGGCGCCGACAAGGUUAAAGCAGCUGCUGGCUCACAACAUGCGAAGAACCGCCUUGGUGCUGUUCAGCCCAAGGGCGAGAAGAACAUCGAUGGACCUAUUGAGUUUAAGGCUCGCGAUAAGGGGAAGAAGGGCCACGUGUACAUCACUACCGUUGCUACGAUCCCAAGUAUAGCUUUCUCAACCGACUCGACUAUCGAGAAGAUCGGUACAAAGGACCGUGAGGAUCUGCACCCGUCUUGGACGAUUCCCGUCGGCGACAUCAAGGAGCUCAAGAAGGUCGGUGGUUACGGAUGGAAGGCGAAGUUGGUCGUUGGCUGGGCGAUGAAUCGCGAGGUCGCCGAUGGGUUGGAGAUCGUUGACCGCAGGGGCAACAUCAUCAAACUUACGGCUAUGCCGCUCAGAGAUGAGCUGUUCAACCGUCUGGUGGCUAUGGGCGGACAGAAGUGGGAGUGUUGGUAA